GCGCCAAACAAAGAUAUGAGGAUCUUUACAAAGCUGUCUGCACCACUCUGCCUCCUUUUUGUCUUCCUGUGUCUUAAAACUGCCUUCUCAUCCUCUAUACAUGCUUCUUCCUUCUCAACAACGCAUCUCUGCUCUCAUGAGGAGGCUCUUGCUUUGCUGCAAUUCAAGACAUCCUUCUCCAUCAAUUACACCAUUCCUUAUCCAUAUUAUUGUGUGGAAAGUUAUUCUAAGAUUGAGUCAUGGAAGGAAGGUACAGACUGUUGUUCCUGGGAUGGGGUUAGCUGUGAUAAUGUCACAGGCCAUGUAAUUGCCCUUAAUCUCAGCUGCAGUUUCCUUUAUGGCACCUUUCCUUCCAACAGCACUCUUUUCUUCCUCAGAAACCUGCAGAGCCUCAAUCUUUCCUUGAAUGAUUUUAGGCUUUCCAAGAUUCCAUCGGAAAUCAGUCAGUUUACUAGACUAAAGCAUCUUGAUGUCUCUUUUUCUCGAUUUUCAAGCCAAGUUCCAGGAGAAAUUGCUCACCUCCCCAAGUUAGUUUCUCUCAAUCUCUCUAAUGACCCUUAUUCUGAUUCUUCUGACUUGAUCCUUGAAACAGCUAUCCUCAAAAAUCUUGUUCAUAACUUGAGUGAGGUGAGAGAACUUGUUCUUAGUGGAGUAAACAUGACAUCCGUCAAUCCUCGUUUCUUCAUGAAUCUCUCUUCUUCAUUGACUACUCUUGAUCUUUGGGAGAGUGCGUUAAGAGGAAACUUUCCAGACAGUAUUUUCUGCUUUCAAAAUCUCAAGAAGUUUUAUUUAAGUGGAAACAGAAACCUCACUAUCGAUCUUCCAAAUUCCAAUUGGAGCAGUCCUCUCCAACGGUUGUAUUUAGGUGAUAUGGAUUGUGGAAAGCGAUUGCGAGAGUCUGUAGGAGAUCUGAAGUCAUUACAGUUUCUGCGUCUUGGCUGCAACUUGGAAGGUUCCAUUCCAGCUUCCAUAGGGAACUUAUCUCAACUUACUUACCUAAGGAUCUCUUCUAACAAUCUCAGCGGACAAAUCCCAACAUCACUUGCAAACCUCACACAACUUACCUCCCUUGACCUUUCCGAUAAUCAGUUUUCUGGUCCCAUUCUAGCUUCCAUAUGUAACUUAAGGCAACUUACUAGCCUAGACCUCUAUUUUAACAAAUUUAGCAGACAAAUCCCAUCAUCACUUGCAAACCUCACCCAACUUACCUAUCUUUCCCUUUUCCAUAAUCAGUUUUCUAGUCCCAUUCCAGCUUCCAUAGGUAACUUAAGGCAACUUACUAUCCUAGUCCUCUAUUCUAACAAUUUUAGCGGACAAAUCCCACCAUCACUUGCAAACCUCACCCAACUUACCCUUCUUGACCUUUCCCAUAAUCAGUUUUCUGGUCCCAUUCCAGCUUCCAUAGGUAACUUAAGGCAACUUACUAGCCUAGUCCUCCAUUCUAACAAUCUUAGUGGACAAAUCCCAUCAUCACUUGCAAACCUCACCCAACUUACCUCUCUUGACCUUUCCAAUAAUCAGUUUUCUGGUCCCAUUCCAGCUUCCAUAGGCAGCUUAAGGCAACUUACUAGCCUAUACCUCGAUUCUAACAAUCUUAGCGGACAAAUCCCAUCAUCACUUGCAAAGCUCACCCAACUUACCCCUCUUGAGCUUUCCAAUAAUCAGUUUUCUGGUCCCAUUCCAGCUUCCAUAGUACCUGAUAUGUUCUUGGCACUUCAAAAUCUCGAAAUUCUUGACCUUUCUCAUAACAACUUAAUCAGGAAGAUUCCAAAUUGUCUUCCUAAGUCUCUCUCAGUGUUGAAUUUGCAGGCCAAUUACUUUGAUGGAAAUAUAGCAUUUGGGUUUCCAGAGGGCUGUGGAUUACGAAAUCUCAACUUACAUGGAAAUCAAAUGGACGGCUUAUUACCAAGGUCUUUGGUGAAUUGUCGCAUGUUAGAGGUUCUAGACGUUGGCAACAACAACAUAAGUGAUACAUUCCCUCAUUGGUUGGAAUCUCUACCACACCUUCAAGUGCUUGUCUUAAGGUCCAACAAGUUCCACGGUUCUGUGCAGAGCAAAAAAGAAAGUCCAUCUUUUCCCAAGUUGCGAGUUCUGGACCUCUCCAGCAAUUAUUUUGUUGGUGCUUUGCCUGUUCGGUACAUUGAAAAUUUUAAUGCGAUGAUGGACCCUCAUAAAGACGGUGGUUCCCCUGAAUACAUGAUGGUGUCGACGAGAACCAAUUAUUAUCAAUAUUCACUGGUUGUGACAUGGAAGGGAUUCGAGUAUGAGCUGCAGAAAAUCUUGACCGUAUUCAGUAGUAUUCAUCUCUCAAAUAACAUGUUUGAGGGAGAAAUUCCAGAUGUUAUGGGAAAGCUUAGUUCUCUCAAAGGGCUUAAUCUUUCUCAUAACAACCUUACUGGUCAUAUCCCACUGUCACUAGGGAAUUUGACGAAUCUGGAAUGUCAAAGUGGAAGGAAGAUGAGGAAAGCCAGAAGACUUGUUCAAAGAAGAAGCUAGUUGCAGAGUUGAUGAUUUGGAGCUUCUGAUUUAAUGUUUCCUUAAUAAGUGCUCUUCGGGUUUGAAGUUGUUGUUAUGGCUGGCAUUGGCUUGUCUAAAAUUGUCAGCCUUCUGUUGUCUUUGUUAUGCUUUGUAAUUUUGUCUUUCUUUAUCGUCAAAUAUAUUGAGAAAGUGUUUUACAAUCUGGGUGGGUACGAUGGCAGACUUAAAAUAUAUUCGAAGGUUAAAGCUGUUAAUCUUUCUUAGUUGUAUAUACUUCCUUAAGCCGCUUGGCAUGGUAUCAAAUUGGUAGCGAAGAUAUGCAAAGUUUUCGUUCUUUACACUUUUGUUCUAGAGAUUUCCAUUAGCAGACUCAUAAAAAUUCUUGUUUCAAAUUGAUGGUCGGGGAAAUGCAGAAGUUUGAAUUUUGAGAUGGGAUUUUGAUGGAAUCAUUUCAUAAGUGGGGAAUCUGGAUUUUUAGAUGGUUAUCGUCUUGGGGAUAUAACUGUAAUUGUAAUGUUGGGAAGGGGUGGUCAAUAUUGGAGCAACUGCUUCAGUUACAGACACAGCAACAACAAUAUUUGGAGAAACUGGUGUUAGUGUAGCAACUGGAGUGAUGACUGUAUGUAUAUAAAAAUUCUAUCCUCUU